AUGGCUUAUGAAGAAAAUAACACAUCAAAUAUCACGCAGGCUUUGACGAAUUUGUUCGAGGAAGUGUUGUUCGCGACUGAGAGCCCCGGUGGGAAUAAAAGUUUAAAUGUCUCUCAAUUUUUAUCAGCACUGAAGGAACGUUCCACGAGGCAUAAUCAGGAGAUAGACUUUGGAACAUUGGUGAAAUUGGUAGACGGAUGGCGGACGAAAUUAAACCUGACAAAGAACUCGGAGCCGUUGUGUAAUUAUUGCGAUGGUAAUUUCAGAGAUCUUAUCCUCGCCUACAAUAGCAUACAUGGAUACAUAAGCCUUAUUGUAUGCGUUUUCGGUUCAUUAGCAAAUGCGCUGAAUGUGGCUGUUCUGACAAGACGUGACCUCGCUGCGGCUCCAAUCAACAGACUGCUCAAGUGGCUCGCCGUGGCUGAUGUGUUUGUUAUGAUGGAGUAUGUUCCCUUUGCAAUUUAUAGGUAUUUGAUAUUACCUGGACAACGUGAGAUGCCAUACAAGUGGGCAGCAUAUCUCCUAUUCCACAUGCACUUCGCGCAGAUCUUCCACACAGCAUCCAUAUGUCUCACACUAUCGUUGGCUGUUUGGCGAUAUAUAGCUAUAAAGUAUUCAGAUAGAAGUCACAUAUUGUGUACAGAACGGCGUUGCAGUACAGCGAUUUUGAGCAGCUUUAUACUACCACCUAUUCUCUGUAUUCCCACAUAUAUGGUAUUCGAUAUACACACAGCUGUGGUAUUAGAGCCAAACGGACCAAUGAUUUUAUACCACGUCGAUUCAGAUGAAGAAGGCCAAUUAUUUAAGUUAAAUUUCUGGGUCCACGCCGUCCUAAUAAAGUUACUACCUUGUUGUAUCCUGACAGUUAUCAGUCUCUGGCUAAUCAAGGAAGUUUAUAGCGCAAACGAGCAUCAAAAGAGAAUUCGAGUGAACAAUGCCUGUGCAAAUGACAAAACAAAGAAGCGGCAGUGUAAAGGGGAUAAGAGAACGAACAGAACUACAAAAAUGCUCCUCGCCGUGUUGCUUUUGUUCCUCGUCACAGAAUUGCCUCAAGGUAUCUUGGGCCUUAUGAGUGGAGCAUUAGGGCGAUGUUUCUUUAAACGUUGCUACGAUCUAUUUGGCGAAUUGAUGGACGCAUUGGCGUUGUUGAAUGGGGCCAUUAACUUCGUUUUAUAUUGCUCUAUGUCGAGGCAGUUCCGGAUGACGUUUCGUCAGCUCAUGUGGCGGGCUCAACUGCAUAAGUGGCCUCCACCGAUACCCUCGCACUCUGAUGGAUUGCAUACGGCCAAAACUUCAGUGCCAUGA